UUAGUGACUAAUAAGUAAGAGUAGAGAGUGGAGAGGAGAGGUUGCAUAUGUAGGACAAUAAUGAUGAGCAAAGACAAGGAGGAGGAGAAGAAGAACAAGAGUAAGAAUAAGCUAAGGAAGGGAUUAUGGUCACCAGAAGAAGAUGAGAAGCUGAUGAGGUACAUGAUGAACAAUGGACAAGGUUGUUGGGGUGAAGUGGCUAGGAAUGCUGGCUUGCAAAGGUGUGGCAAGAGUUGUCGCCUUCGAUGGAUUAAUUACUUGAGACCUGAUCUUAAGAGAGGUGCCUUCUCACCACAAGAACAGCAACUUAUCAUCCAUUUACAUUCCCUUCUUGGCAACAGAUGGUCUCAAAUAGCGGCACAGUUGCCGGGUCGAACAGACAAUGAAAUCAAGAAUUUUUGGAAUUCAACAAUAAAGAAAAGGUGUAUAACCAUCACCUCAUCAUCAACCUCCCAAAACACGAGUGAGUCCUACUCAUCAUGGCUUGAACCACAUGAUCAUCAUAACAACAUGGAAGGAUUUACAAUGAUGCCUAUGUUCAGUUGCUCAUCAUCUCAAUCACCGUCAAUCAUUAUCGAUGAGCAUUUGCCUAUGCCGAUGGAGAAUAAUAACAUGCAUGCAGCUAUGGGAAUUGACAAAGGAUAUUUCAACAACAACAACAACAAUAAUAAUAAUAAUAAUAUGUUUGUUCCUCCUUUACUAGAGAGUGCUACUACGAGCAACGUUUAUUUUGAUGAGGACGUAAACACUCUCCAUAAUAAGGUUGUUAGCGUGGAGGAGGAUUCAUUAAUAAGCAUGGAAGAUUGGGAGUUGGAGGACUUGAUGAUCAAAAGUGUUUCCUCCCCGUUUCUUGAUUUUCCGCUAUCAUGAUCUGGAAAAUUAAAGAAAUAUGGUAUAGCUAAUUAGGUGUGAAUAAAAAGUGAAGCAUAUAUAUUGCAGUGUAUGAUUAGAGAUAGAGAAAAUGAAGAAUUUACAUUGCUUAUAAUAUCCGCGUUCUUUUCAAAUAAAUCAAAUGUGAUGAUAAUGUAAUAGUCGGUCUUUGAAAUUUACAAGUAGUA